UAUUUUCUCAGAAAUGUAGGGAAGUUGCACAGGCUUGUGCAGCCACUCCAGCUGCUGUCAAGCUGGAGAUUUUGAUUUAUUUAGUGUAUUUUGUGAACAUUUAAGUUGGGAGUGAACUGACAUAUGUGAUCUGUGUUGGUUAUUUUUGACAGCCGGAGUCAUGUUGCGCUGUUUUAAACGGAAGCGCGGUGUUGGGACUGUGUUUUUGUUCAUUAGACAGACUUAUUCUGGUUCCGCUCAGUGUUUAGUAACCGCUGUGUUUAGUAAACCUGUAACGCUGGAUAAUUUUCUAACUUGUAGCUUAAUGUUCGCAAAUAUUAUUUAACUUUUUUUCAGUUUGUUAUUUCACAAGUUUAAUGUCAUGUUGUGUUUAGCUGUGGCGCAACAGUACCGGUCUGUCUGGUUCAGUCACUUCCAAUUUCCUUUGCGCAGUUUCUUUUUUCGACGGCGAAAGUAUGUUUUUAUUCGACCCACUUUUGCUAAAGCGUUGUUUUCGCCAUUUGUUUUGAUAGUAGAACCAGCUGUAAAACACUUAACAGGACCCUGGAUACGUUCCAGGACAGCUUUAACACUUCUAUUAGCAAACUUGACAGGACUUGUGCUGGCCUGCUCUCAAGCAGCCCGAAGUUACGCUGUAACAACUAAACCACUCCUUGAACUCGACAAUCUUUUUCACAUCGUGACGUAUGGGAUUCAGUGUAGCAAUUUCAAGGAGUUUAGAAACACGGUGGGUGAUUGGUUAGCUGGGGGGCGUGUGAGUGAAUGUAAACUGGUUAAAUUAGACGAGUUCCCCUGAUGUGGGGGAACAGAAAACCUCUCCGUCCGCGCGCUGGCAGCUCCAAUCUGAGCAGGAAGGACGGAAUGUGCUCACACACAGCAGGCUGCCAGCGCGCGCUCUGCGCCAGUUUGUCUGCGAGUAUUAGAGAAACAUGAGAAAGGUGUCCCGUAAUAAUCCGGGAACAUUGUAACAAUCUUAAAAAAAAAAUCUAAAAUUAAUUAGAAUUCAUUUUUACCCACCCUUAAAAACGAAAAAUGUAUUUAAAAACUAUGUAGGGUGUGUAAAUACAACCCUAUUGAUUAAGCCUGCAGGCGUUUAAAAAAAAAAAAAAAAAAAAAAAAAAAAAAAAGAAGAAGAAGAAGAAGCACAUGUAUGCAGUAGGUAGAUAUAUCGUGUUUACUAUCCUGUCGUUAAGACCCAGUUGACGGGAAGCAGAGUUUCACAUAGUUUAGUAAACAUGUUUUUUUCCGUUUACAAUGGCGUCAUCUGGUGUUGAAACGCAAGUACAACACCUUCUAAAUUGUGUCUCCUUGUGAAUGGCGGAUUGUCAGUGGGAAUGUGAAAGGAGUGCCACGGUGACAGCCACUCAUACAAAUGUGCUAGCUCCUUUUUAUUACAAUAUUUUCCAUGCAUACAUUUCAGAAAGCUUGGAGUUGCAGUACUUAAAUUGUUGCUAAAUGUAUCUUUUUUUUAUGUUUUCCAUUUUUGUCCUACUUAGUGCCUUUUUUUAAAUUUCCACCACUUACUAGCCCAUUACCCCCAUACAUUAAUACUCAUAAAUAAUUUUAUGCAAUAAUUUAUGAGUGAAAAUGACUAGCUGUAAUGAGUUGCAGCAUUGUUUUUAGUUUUUCUUUUAUAUCAAUAUAUUUGUGUGCUUCGCAGUGCCUCUUUUAACUGACCCCACCCUCAAAUAUUACAACUCCCCUCACCUCCACUGCAUGACUAAACUAACAAGUCUUGCAUAACACACUUUUAUGUUGUCCAACAUGAUUAAUAAACAUUUCAUCAUAUCUGGAUUUGUAUAAUUAUUUCCUGGUUUCUAUGACUUUUAUAUGUGUUGGAUCUUGACCUGAAUUUAUUUGCAAAAAAUACAAAGACCUUACAUUCAGUAUUCACCGAGCUCGCUUUGAAUAUUUUUUGUUUUUUUGCACCUCUGCACAGAUUGCGACAGCAUGGCCACGACUGCAGAUGGCUGCAUUCAAUUCACACGUCAUGCAGGCGACGUCCUGCUCAACUUCAACCGCCUCCGCAGCAGGAACCUCCUGACCGAUGUCACGGUGCAGGUGGACGGACAGAUCUUUCAUGCGCACAAGGCCAUCUUGGUAGCCUGCAGCGGCUUCUUCUACUCUGUGUUCAUGAAACCUGAGAACGCGAGCCUUAGUGCCAUCAGCCUGGACCCCAAAGUGGACCCCAAAGGUUUCUCCCUCCUGCUGGACUUCAUGUACACCUCCUUUCUGAACCUGAAUGACUCUGUGGCCUUGACCACCCUGAACACAGCCAUCUAUCUGCAGAUGGAGCACGUUGCUGACACCUGCCACAGGUUUAUCAGGUCCAGACAUCAGGCACUGAAUAUGCAAAUGGAAGAGGCACAGGACAACUCCUCGAAUCUGGCAGAGGAAAUCUCUGCUAAAAAGCUCGCUGAGGAGAAGGAUCCAGACUUUAGAAAUAACCUCUUACUGAGGUUGUCCCCUCAGGAGUGUGGGGGGUAUGUCCCCAAUGUUUUCAGGGGGAUCAACACCACUGGUUCCUACCAUGUGUACGGCGAUGUGCACAUCCCUGCUACAGUACUAGAAGGUUCUAAUAAGAUCGUCAACACCAGCAUGGCCCAGCCCUCCAUUAUCCGACCAGCGGCGGCUCACCGUAACCUCCAGUGUCCUGCCUCUCCCGUGGAGGGCCACAACACCCAGCACCCACAGACCGACUGUCUGAGACCCACCCUAAGCUUCACCAAGGGGGUCAUCUGCAGCCCACAGAGCCCCCACAGAUCCGACUGCCAGCCAAACUCGCCCACCGAGUCCAGCAGCAGCAUAAACGCCAGAAUGAGCCUGAAGCAGGCCUGCGAUUCCCCCAGAGACACCAAGGCCCGCAACUGGAAGAAGUACAAGUUCAUUGUCCAGAACCAAACCCCUGACGAGAGCGGGAGGGAAACCCAGAGCAACAAAGUGGAAUCCGCGACACCCUCUCUCAGCCCAUCCAGUAGUGAAGCAGCUGGCGGACAUGACAAGAUCCAACAAGAAGAGGGAGCCAGCAAUCCCAGAGAGAAAAUGAGUGAACUCAGCUGCAGCAGCAGAUUCUCCUCCUCUAGCUGCGAUAGCCCUCAGCGCAUGGAGACCAGCCACCUCACUCCAGCCUCUUACAGCAGCGACGAGGCCACAAAAAUGUGCUCAGAUUAUUCGCCCUCUAGCUGUGAAAACAACUUCUUCUGCAACGGGUGCGACUCCAAGUUCUCGGAGGAAGACUCGCUGAAAGAUCACAUGGGUCAGGUCCACAGCGACAAGCCAUACAAGUGCGACUGCUGCCAGGCCGCCUUCCGCUACAAAGGCAACCUGGCCAGCCAUAAGACAGUUCACACCGGUGCAAAGCCGUACCACUGCAACAUCUGCGGGGCUCAGUUCAACCGUCCGGCCAAUCUCAAGACUCACACGAGGAUUCACUCUGGAGAAAAGCCAUACAAGUGCGAGACGUGCGGUUCUAGGUUUGUGCAGGUCGCCCACCUCCGCGCCCACGUGUUGAUCCACACGGGAGAGAAACCGUACCCCUGUGAGAUCUGCGGAACGCACUUCCGCCACCUUCAGACGCUCAAGAGCCACAUGCGCAUCCACACGGGAGAGAAGCCUUAUCAUUGUGAAAAAUGUGACCUCCACUUCAGACACAAGAGUCAGCUCAGGCUUCAUCUCCGACAGAAACACGGCGCCGUUACAAACACCAAGGCUCAGUACCGCAGGUCUCCCGGCAACAUGGGCGCCGGCCCGGUGAACUCCUCCUGAGUUAACCGCCAGCCACCUCUUAUAGACUAAGUUAAAUAAAAAUACAGUGCGGACGCUCAAGUGUAAUAUUUGCCUUCUAUUUUUUUCCGGGCUUACACACGUUGCACGUAUCCAUGUGUGAGAGACGCAAGUCUGCGCUUUUAUUUUGAAUGUCCCAACAACAGAAUGUACGUCUUGAAUGUGAAUCUGAGUGGGUAUUUCUCCGUUUUGCAAAUACCUCGACAGAAUGUCAGCCCUCUUUGUUGCUCGAUUAGAGAGUCACUGUUAUACUUUGGUUUUAGAUGAGGUAUAAACCUGCCCAGUAAUUGGUCUGAUGCAGUCAUGAUGCCGAUUUUAACUUUUCUUUCAUAAAGCUCUUCAUGUAAAUAAGAUAUAUAUAUAUAUUAUAUAUUUUCAGAUAGCUACUAUUUGCUGGCAGAGUGUGAAUAUAUUAACAUUUGGUACAUUUUUUUCCUCAUGGAGUGGCUUGACUGUCAGUCAUGCUGUGGGCUUUUUAUUUUUGCUGUGUCAUAGUUUGUGGAACAUGCUGUAAUAUUUACAGACUGUCAUCUGUUUUUUUGUACAUAUUGAAUUUUUUUU